AUGGAGCUGCAGUUUUCGUCGUCAGCAGAUCCAACAGACAAUGGUGUACCAAGAACAGGCUGCAGCAACACGGAGCUUGUGAUAUGGCAAUUGCCACUGCGAAUGGCGCUGGCCAUUUUCGACGAGUCGCUCGUCGAGCUCCCAUGCGACGUCAGUUAUGACGCUUCCAAGUGUGCCACGUCAGCCGAGCUCCUCCGGGAGUUUCUGAAACGCCAUCCGAACGCCGCGAGCGUACAGCUCGGCGCGCAGGCCGUGCUGGGCUACUCGCAUGACGGCGACGAUUCCUUCCAUCGCACGCAGCUCGCCGCGUCCGGCGACAUCUUCUGCAUCUUCACCGGUCGCAUAGACAACGUCGCACAGCUGCGACGGUCGUACGGCGUCGCCGGCGGCCACGGGCACGACACGAGCGAGUCGCAGCUUGUCCUCGGGAUGUACAAGGCGCUUCGGAGUGCACUACUGUACGACCAGGUGUCGCAUUCUGCGGAAUCCGCGCUGGCGGAGAUGGUUGGGCCGUUUUCCACGGUGAUCUACGACAACGAAACGGGCAACGCGUUCAUCGCAGCUGUGAGUAGUUCUGAGGCGCCUCUAAACUCGUCCCAAUUCACGCGUUUCCUGCGAAAUCCACGCUGGGGGAAAUGGUCGGGCCGUUUUCCUCGGUGA